AUGCCAGUAGAACCACACCCACGAUUCUCUACGCUAGAUUUACAAGAGCACAGAAAGUACGCGGCGCUCUACUAUCCUCCCCAGCACCGUGCACUCGCUAACCCCCAGAUGCUACUCCAGAUGCCGGAAGCCAUCGGCACCGUCUACAGUUUCGGCGACGACAUCAAGGGCGCCUUCAUUAUCGAGGGCAAGCGUUGGGAUUUCAGUGCUCCCCGCGAAGAACUGAGCGCUGACUACCUCCCGCUCUUCCAGUCCCGCGGGACCUUGUCCUAUAAGAACAUCGAUGAUCUACCGAAGCCGCACGGGUUAUACGCAGGGUCGAUCCAGGACGGUCAUAUCCAGAUCCUAGGCGAGAAUGGAACACACAUCUCCGGGAUGCUGCAUGAGCCUAUUGGUCAGGCGGUGACCUUCCAGGGUGGGGGGUUCUGGCAGAUGGCGGAGUGA